GGGUGGCUGGGCGGGCGGCUGGGGGCUGGGGCUUGGACAGCGUCCACGGGGGGAGCCCCCCGUCCUGGACCCGCGCGGCGGCGGCUGCGGGGCGCGCUGCCCUCCGCCAUGUACACCUUCGUGGUGCGCGACGAGAACAGCAGCGUCUACGCCGAGGUCUCCCGGCUGCUGCUGGCCACCGGCCACUGGAAGAGGCUGCGGCGGGACAACCCCAGGUUCAACCUGAUGCUGGGCGAGAGGAACCGGCUGCCCUUCGGGAGACUGGGUCACGAGCCGGGGCUGGUGCAGCUGGUGAAUUACUACAGGGGGGCGGACAAACUGUGCCGCAAAGCUUCUUUAGUGAAGCUCGUCAAGACCAGUCCAGACCUGUCUGAGUCCUGUACGUGGUUCCCAGAGUCCUAUGUGAUCUAUCCAACUAACCUCAAGACACCAGUUGCUCCAGCCCAGAAUGGCAUCCAGCUUCCAGUCAGUAACACAAGGACAGAUGAGAGAGAAUUCUUCCUGGCUUCUUACAACCGGAAGAAAGAGGACGGGGAAGGCAACGUUUGGAUUGCAAAGUCAUCAGCUGGUGCCAAAGGGGAAGGCAUCCUCAUCUCCUCAGAGGCGGCGGAGCUUCUGGAUUUCAUAGACAACCAGGGCCAGGUGCACGUGAUCCAGAAAUACCUCGAGCGCCCUCUGCUCCUUGAGCCCGGCCACCGCAAGUUUGACAUUCGAAGCUGGGUCCUGGUUGACCAUCAGUAUAACAUCUACCUCUAUAGAGAGGGCGUGCUUCGAACUGCUUCGGAACCAUACCAUGUUGAUAAUUUCCAAGAUAAGACCUGCCAUUUGACCAAUCACUGCAUUCAGAAAGAGUACUCAAAGAACUACGGGAAAUACGAAGAAGGCAAUGAAAUGUUCUUCGAAGAGUUCAGUCGGUACCUAACAAGCGCCCUGAACGUCACCUUAGAAAGUAGCAUUUUGCUGCAAAUCAAACAGAUAAUAAGGAGCUGCCUCAUGAGCGUGGAGCCUGCCAUCAGCACCAAGCACCUUCCUUACCAGAGCUUCCAACUCCUUGGCUUCGAUUUCAUGGUGGAUGAGGAGCUGAAGGUCUGGCUCAUUGAGGUCAACGGUGCCCCGGCCUGUGCUCAGAAGCUCUAUGCAGAACUGUGCCAGGGCAUCGUGGACAUAGCCAUAUCCAGUGUCUUCCCACCCCCGGACACGGAGCAGGUGCCACAGCCAGCGGCGUUCGUCAAGCUGUGAAGGACCUGGAGGUACAGAGCCGCCUUGGGAAGUGUGUGGGGCCCUGCUCCGGAGGAACGUGAGAUUCCUGGACUGCUCCUUAUCAAGCAUGUUGGGGAACGGAUGUACAGGUAGAGUGUGCGAAGAGAAGGCAGCUGUGGGGGAGCAGUGGCGCCGUCUUCAGUGCCGUGGAGACCUUGGGAAGCUGAAGCAAGCGACUGAGAGGGAGAACCGAACGCUUCUCUAAAGGGCCAGAGCCGGGGAUUUGGAUAUGGCGUGAUCUGAUCCCUUGAGCAGUUCCUGGUCUUGGGUGGUACCGGGAGCAGGGCUCCUCCUCCCCAGGGACCUCUGGGUGGUGUGUUCCCACAGACUGCAGCUUUAGUGCCUUAGCUCUGUGUCCAGCGCAGCCUCCCUGGACGCAGACUGGACCUUGGAGCAUUUUGGAGGUCGCCACAUGCUCCCUGCACAUCCCCUCUGCGACACUCUCCUGCUAAACUCUGGGCAAGCAUGCAGCACAGUCCAUGCUGUGCACUGGACUGUCAGUGAAGGUCCCUUGCUUGUCACCUUCCUGGCGGGCUACGGGUGAGUACCUGCCAGGGGUCCUGCGGGCAUUAAACAGUGUAUGCUGCUCACCGCAUGUUUUAGAAACAAAAGCAGCAGGCCUGAAGAAUCUGCAAGCAUCAAAUAAGCAUGAGAGAGAAAGAAGAAAAAAAACAUGAUAUUUUAACCUAAUGAGGUGGGUGGG